CAGCCCCAUGAUGUGAUCUCCAUUUUUCUCUUCCACCCCUUCAAUAAUAAUAUAUCCUUCCUUUCCUUCCUACUUCUUCUCUCGAUCGACUUGGCCAAAACUACUCUUCACCGCAGCCCCAUUUGAGGCCUUCAUGUCUACUGACAAGGGCAAAGAAUUAGGCGAAGGAUCGUCGCGAACGGGUCCUGCAGCUGCUGAUCAGCAGCAGCCGGCACAGCUGAGCCGGUAUGAGUCGCAGAAGCGACGCGAUUGGAACACUUUUGGGCAGUACUUGAAGAACCAGAGGCCGCCAGUGGCUAUGGCACAGUGCAACUACAACCAUGUACUUGAUUUUUUGAGGUAUCUGGAUCAGUUUGGCAAGACUAAGGUGCACUUACAAGGGUGUGUGUUUUUUGGGCAGCCCGAGCCGCCGGGGCCUUGCACUUGCCCGCUAAGGCAAGCUUGGGGCAGCCUCGAUGCGCUUAUCGGCCGCCUUAGGGCUGCUUACGAAGAGAACGGUGGAUUGCCAGAGACUAAUCCUUUUGCCAGUGGCGCAAUUCGGGUUUAUCUUCGCGAAGUGAGGGAUUCUCAGGCGAAGGCGAGAGGGAUUCCAUACAAGAAGAAGAAGAAGAAGAGGAAUCAAAUGAAAGCCAGUGAUAAUACUGCAUCCAGCUCUCUUAUGCAGCCUUCUUGAAUGUUCUUGGCUAGCUUCUUAAUUAAUCAAAUGGGUCCCUCGAUAUAUAUAUAUAUAUAUAAUUUUCAGCUCUUGGCAAGCUUUGGUACAUUUUUGGAAACUCUACAUAGGAUUGGAUGGAUGUUGCUAUCAGUGUUCGAUGGAUCGAGGGAUCGAUGCUGAUCAUGAUCAAGUCCCCAAUCUGUUCUUCUCUUGUUUUUCUCUCUAAAUAUGUUGCUUAAGCACUAUAUGCUAAUUGUGUAAAUGAGGAUUAAUGCGUGAAGUUGAUGCAGACCGAUCCGGAAGUUGAAGUACCGAUCAGUAUGUUCUCUUCUUUCAUUAGCUCCCAUUUAGCAAUAUUAUAUAUUAUCACAUGCAAUCAGUCUGAUCA